AUGGACAAGCUUUCACUGUGUAACAGUCUCUCUUCUACUGUUAUGUUACCAUCCUGUCACCACUCAUCAUCGCGUGAACUCAAAAUCCAACCAGUUAUCACUAAAAACCGUUUUACAACUUUGGCGAUUAAAUCUGAUGGUUCAGUUGCUGCUUCAAAGGGGUGCAAAGCUUGUCGAGGCCAAGGCGCGAUAGAAUGCCCAGGGUGCAAGGGAACUGGAAGGAAUAAGAAGAAUGGGAACAUCUUCGAGAGAUGGAAGUGUUAUGAUUGCCAGGGAUUUGGCAUGAAAGGUUGUCCGAAUUGUGGUAAGGGUGGACUUACUCCAGAGCAGAGAGGGGAGAGAUAA